AUGACAGUCAUCUUGCCCAUUGUGCUUACUCUGGCGGGGUGUAUUGUCGCCCACCCGACCGGUCAGACUGGGAGCGAUGACAAGCGCGAUACUCCCGACUACCAUGGCGAUGCAGGAGUUCUCAAAUAUGUCAAUCCAUUGAUCGGCACAUAUGGCACGACGCCCAAUGGCAACGGAGGCAUGAUCCCGUCGGUCGCGCCGCCCUUCAGCAUGACCCGCUGGACACCACAGACGCGGGAGAAUUUCAUCUCCCAAGUUCCCUACGGAGACAGCGACCGCCGGAUACAUGGGUUCCAAGCUACCCAUCAGCCGGCCAUUUGGAUGGGAGAGGCGGGUCAGGUGGUUCUCACCCCAGGGCUGGGAGAGGUGCAGCCGCUCUUCCAGAACCGGGGAUUGUCAUUUCGCAAGGAAGAUGAACAGAGCACGGCUUACAUGUACGAAGUCUUGCUCGAUGCGACACAACUUAUGGAUACGGACUGGAACGCCACGGCAGAGGUCGUUGGGGAUGGUCCAGUUCCGGGGGAGCUGGUGCGGUACCAGAGACUGUGGAAGAAGGUAUGCCCAUCACCUCCAUCUUGUCGAAGGCAUCUUUGGAGCGUCGUGGGAACUGAUCAUUCCAUCAAGCGCGAGACACAGCCUGAGCCGUUGAGCAGCAAUGCCUCUGAUGAAGGUGCCUACCAGCACUCGAUCCAGGUUGCCCUCUCAGCAGAUUCUCACGUCGGGCACCUCCGAUUCGACUUUGCUCAGGGGAGCAAGAUCCCCGAGAGCCAAAAGCUUCAGCCCUGGGUAUUCGUCGAAGUUUCUCGACGGAACUGGACGGGUGACGUUCAUAUCGACGCUGGGCGCAGAGAGAUAUACGGAUACAAUACGGAGAGACAGGACUACCUCCUUGGUCCUAACCGUGCAUCAUCUUUCAAGGGAUAUUUUGUUUCCCGAUUCUCCGAGCCUUUCGUGGAGAUUGGGGUGAGCAAUGGCAACCAAAUCAUCAAGCAUGCGCACCAACGACACGGUAACUUCACAGGGGCCUAUGUAAAAUUCCAGAGAGACGUAUCUCGCCUCGAGGUACGAACGGGAGUGUCAUAUGUCAGUGUUGAACAGGCACGCAAGAACUUGGACAUCCAGAUACCCGACGACACAACCUUUGAGAGUACCGUUGAAAACGUCAAGCAGGAGUGGCUCGAGAAACUUGGCCGCGUCACAAUCGACGGGAUUAAUGAUACUGAUUCGGACCAUGACCCUCGCACCGUCUGGUACACGGGCCUUUUCCACGCACUGCAGUAUCCAAGUGACUUUUCGGAGCCGACCUCUGCAAUGAAAAAUGGUUCGCGUAUCUUUUAUUCGGGCUACACGGAUCAGGUAUACGAGGAAAAUGAUUCCUACUAUCAGUCGUGGUCCAUCUGGGACACGUACCGAGCAGAGCAUUCCCUUCUCACACUUUUCGCCCCAGAGCGAGUGAACAGUAUGAUGCGCACAUUGCUUCGCAUCUUCGACUGGUCUGGAUGGUUGCCAAUGUGGGCUAACAUGGUGGAGACGAAUAUUAUGAUUGCUACGAAUGCCGAUGUGGUGCUCGCCAAUGCAUUGCAACGUGGGUUCCGAGAUUUCGAUAUCUCCAAGGCAUGGGCUGCUGUCCAGAAAGAUGCCUAUACACAACCAGAUGACGAUACGAGCCUGCUAUAUUACGAUCGAGAGCCAGGCACCUCGUACGAAGUACGAGCCGGACUCACCUCGUACAUGAAGCAGGGGUGGGUGUCCAAUGAUGGCUGGGCCGAGUCUGCUAGUCGCACUCUGGACUAUUCAUUUAAUGACCAUGCCUGCUCUAUCGUUGGUAGUCACGCCGGAGCUGAUCAAGACGCUAUCACAGCGCUUCGAGACCGAAGUCGCCAUUACGCAAACCUCUGGAAUAAUGACACGCAGUUCAUGCAGGCUCGCAAUGGGAAUGGGACAUGGGCUAACAACACCUGGGGUUGGACCGAGGGCGAUGACUGGGUGUAUACAUUUGAUGUCAUGCACGACGUCGAGGGACUUGCUCGCCUCUUUGGUGGUCGGGAGUCUAUGCGUGACAAGCUUGAUGCGCAUUUCCAAGGCGGGCACAAUGAUCAUACCAAUGAGCCGAGUCAUCACGUCCCCUAUCUUUACUCCGUCCUUGGCUACCCCUCGCAAGCCGCCGAGGAGAUCCGGAAUAUCGCUUGGACAAACUACAAUGCCACCAGUGGUGGGCUCAGCGGGAAUGAGGAUCUCGGUCAAAUGAGCGCAUGGUAUGUGUUUUCGGCCCUGGGCUUUUAUCCGGUCAACCCGGCCAGCGACGAGUAUGUGGUCGGCACUCCUUUCUUCGAGAAGAUAUCCAUCCGCCUGCCAUCGGAAGCCUCCACGGGAGGCGUCAUGACCAACCAGCCCGAAAAGGUCCUCACCAUUAGCGCACCCGGCGCACCUACCAAACCAUAUAUCAAAAGCUUGAAAGUCGACGGGAAGCAAAUAUCCAUGCCAAUCCUGCGACAUGGUCAGAUCGUGCAUGCAACGGAGAUUGAGUUUGAGAUGAGCGAGGUGCCUACAGCGUGGGGUGGGGAGCCCUCGUGGGAGAGUCAAACAGCGUAA